AGCGCCCUUGCUGAUUUUUUUCUUCUUGCCGUCCAUAUCGCUUCUGCAGGUUGGCGCUGUCUCAAUUCCAAAGCGGAGCUAAAGGCUGGAUCACAAAGAAGCGCGUCACGGACAGCCUAUCGUGUGCGUUCCUCCAGCAAGUGUGCUUCUUCUUUUUUUCUUCAAAAGCUUCUCACUGCUAGCCGAAAGCUUCUUUCUCUAUUGUUGUCCAGGGCACGCCACGCCUGCAUCUUCUACACCACUCAUCAACAAAACAAAUGCAGCUGGCAGGAGAUUAAUUAGCAGAAGUAAAUACAUAAAAAAUAUAUAUCACCUUUCUUCUCCUCCUCCCGCAAACUGUUUAAUCCUUUUCUUCUUUGUUUGUUGUUCGACUGACUUUGGCUGUCAACCUUGCUGCGUAAAGAGCUUCUACAUUUUCCUCUCUUCUGUGUUGUUGAUGUGUACGCUGCCGUGCGUCACAUUCCAACGGAUUCCUCGAUAACAAAUUUGCGUAAACGGUGGAAGUCGCCAUCAAAACUAUAAAUACACAAACAAAACAAACGCGUAAUUGUGCCAAUGAAGUCUGCGGCAUUCAUGGCAAGCGCGAAUCUUCGCCGUAUUGGCGGGCCGUGCACGGCCAUGUGCGCUCUCAACGUACUCGGCGAUGCACACGGGAGGUCGCUGGGUACAACCAGUGCUCACCGACGCACGAGCAGCACGCGCAACUUCGCCACCGCAGCCGAGCUAGUGGCGGACUCAAGCGCUGCCGCGCCGUCGUCCUCUUCAUCUCCCGGUGCCGCGACGCCAGCAUUUUCUUCGUCGCUCACCACAACACCGCCGCCGCCGCUGCCGUCUGCCCUGCAGCUCGGUAUGCCUGUCAGCGCUUUUUUUGAAAAUGGCACCAACGCUGCUGUGGCGCCGAUUGCUCGGGGCAUCGUCAAGGCAAAAAUUGCCGGCACGGUGUACGCCGUGCACCUGCAGCAACUCUUCCUUUCACCGAUCAUCGAAAUUGGCUCGCGGGUGCACGUCGAGUACGGCAAGGACGAAGAGUACGUGGGCGUAGUGAUGGGCGGAAUCGUGGUGCGCGUGAACGGCAACGGCACUUUUGCGGUAUUGCUCGAUAACAACAGCAUCGACAUCGCCGUGCCGGCCCAGAUGAUUGCGCUGUCGGAGGGACGCACCAAGUUCGUGAACAACUCGCAGUUCCAGGACGUGGUGGAGUGGCUGCGCACCGCUGGCGUGGCGCGUCGCUCGCACCAGGAGAGCAUCGCCUGUGUGCUGUUCCAGCACGGCUGGCGCGUCGACAAGCUGUACCUACUGGAGGCGAGCGAUGUGCACUGCAUGACCUUCAUCCCGAAGGCGGUACGGAUGUGCGUGCUGGACAAGUCUGAGUGGCAGCGUGACCACCACCGGCAGAUGCGUCAGCUGCUGAAGGAGCGCAUCAAGGAGCGCGACUUCCGCUACCGCCUCACCAAAUACAGCGGGGUGGUGAGUGCGUCCAUGGCGUUUCUCGGCAUCGCCUUCGCCUUUGGCUGGAACGUGAAAAACUACCACACCCAGCAGCGCUCCUAUCAGCUGACCCUCGCCGCCAAGACGCUGACGGAGCGGCUGAACCGCAACUUGAGUAUUGGAAUGGAUACCACGGCGAAGGAUCAGCAGUUUGUGUCGCGGGAGCGAGAGGAGAAUGCGGUGCGGCAGGUGCUGCAUCAGCUGGACACGGCCCACCCCCGCAUCGUCGUCUUCACAGGUUUCUACGGCUGCGGCAAGAGCACCGUGUGCCGCAACGCCGUCGUGAAAGAGCACAUUCCGGCCGUGUACGUCGACAUCCGCGGCGCCGAGGACACGCUGCGCAGUGUCGUGAAGGCGCUCGGCGUGAACAACGUCGACAUCUGCGGCGAUUUGCUCGACUUUGUGGCGGAGGCGUGCCAGAUGGCGAAGGCGAAAAACGGCGAGACACCGCUGCUCAUGCUGAAGCUGCGCGAGGGCAGCAGCGUGCAGCGGGUGUACAACGACGCCGUGGCACUGGCGUGUGACCGGCGCCUGUGCCACCUCGUCAUGGAGGUGCCACUGGAAUCUGUGACGAUGGCGGACGUCGCCCUCCCCCGGCUCGAUUUUUACGUGAUUCCCGUCUUCAACCGCGCGCAGGCCUUCGCCUACACGCAGCACUCCAUUGACCCGCUCAGUUUGAACAACUUUAUUGACGUCGUCGGCACGAACAGCAACGACCUCGACGAGCUCUUCGCCGCCGUGCACCAGCGCCGCGUCUCGGCCUCCAAGUACACCAAUCAAAAACUGCUCAAGGCGAUGCGCCAGCUGCAGGGCACGUGUGCGAAUAAGCCGCAGCUCCGAGCAGCACUGCAGCAGCUCUCGGCUUUCCCGUAUGAGGAGGGGCAGAACACCGGUGGUGACGCGACCACGCUGCGCAACCCCGCACUGGAGGACAUCGUCCUCUACGACCCUGUAAAGGAUGUGUGGCUGUUUCGCAAUAAGCUUUUCCACACAGCCUCACGUUGCUGCUGGUUGUAA